AUGUACCAGGAGCAAUGGGCCCAAUGGAUCCCUGAGGUGGAACGAUGCUUGAAUACAACAACGAACCGGCCAACGGGCAGAACGCCAUAUGAGAUCACGCGGACGCACCGCAUACGAGAUGCAGAGGAUUUCAUAUCCGGGAGACAGAGAACCCGCGACGACGUCAAAGACGCCCUAGACCUGGCACAGGUGCGGAUAGCUAUCCGGCUCGAUUCCCGUCAUAAACCUCCAGGCUCCCGUGGAAAGGUAUGGCUCAGGGUGGUUAGGCCGGGUAGACAUGGAUACCAGCUGACAGGAAACCCCAAGACUGGACCGAUCCGCACCGAACCCUUCAAAUUCAAGAGGAAGGUCGGCGACCUGGCACAUAAAUUGGAUCUUCCUGGAUCGGUCAAGAUCCACCCGGUGAUAUCCGAUGUUCACCUGGAACAAUCCUGCGAAGACGAGCAUGGUCGGAAGCGGCCGCCACCAGCUCCGAUAGUGAUCGAUGGACCGGAAAAGUUUAUCAUCGAGAGGCUAUUCAAAGCAAAGGGAGACCAGGUGAUGGUGAAGUGGAAAGGCCACGACAAGCCAACAUGGGAAAUCUAUCAAGGUACUACGCCAAGACCUCCUAGAAAGGGUAGGGAGGUUUUGAGGCACGCAGAAAGGGAAAAGCGGGGUCUGGCAGGCCUUCGGAUUGUGAUCUGA